UGACAAUGUAGAUAGAAGUAUUUAGAAUCAGUGAUAUAUCAGUAGAAAAUAGUGUAAAACAAACAUUGUAGAAAAUGGUGUAAAACGUGUCAAUGAAAGACGAUUUUCCUAAGGAUUCUCUUGGUAAGAAUGCACCAAGUCUGGCGAUAGUGAGGCAGGAACCGUCAAGAGUGCUUGUCUCCCGCACAGACCAGAUAAAGUUAAGUGUACCGAUCAAGAUGAAGGACUGCUAUGUGCGGCUUGAACGUAUUGAUGUCACAUUCACCGGCAACAAGGGUACUGAGGACCGCAGCCUAAGACAAGAUGAUGAUGAAACAGCAGCAGUUUCAUUGCAUGGGUCAAACAGCAGCGAAAACACCGCGAACGAGCGCCAUGGAAGCACUAAGACCACACCUAGCAACAAGGGGAAAUACUCGUGUGUGAUAUGCAAAAAAGUUUUUCAUAAAAAAUGUAACUUAAAACAUCAUGAAUUUGUACACACAGGGGAAAAACCCUACUCGUGCCUCAUUUGUGAGAAAUCAUUUUCACGUUCAACUAAUUUAAAGUUACAUGAAUACACGCACACUGGUGAAAAAUGCUACUCCUGCGAAAUAUGUCAGAAGAAGUUUAUACGAGCAAGUGCUUUGAAAGAUCAUAGUGUAGUCCAUUCGAACGUGAAGGCUUACAAUUGUGAAUUUUGUCAGAAAACGUUUAGAACCUCAGCCGUUUUGAAGAUACAUAAACGUAUACAUUUGGGGAUUAAACCUUACUCGUGCACAUUGUGUGAAAAUACAUUUACGCAAUUGGCACAUUUAAAAGCACAUACACUUGUACAUCUGAAUAAGAAACCUCACACGUGUCUUAUAUGUAAAAAAGGGUUUACCCUACGAGUGCAUUUGAAAAAACAUGAACUAAUACACACGGGAGAAAAACCUUACACUUGCGACAUAUGUCAGAAAGCCUUCGCAUGUCUAACAAAUUUAAAAAGACAUAAAGGUGUCCACUUAGACGAUAAAAAUAGACCUUACACAUGCGCUAUAUGUAAGAAAAAGUUUAAGAAAUCUAGGUAUUUACAGAAACACGAGCGUGUUCAUACCGGGGAAAACCCUAUGCUUGUAAAAUAUGUAAAAAAGACUUCAAGACAUCGAAUAAUUUGAAAUUACAUAAACAAACCCACACAGGAGGGAAACUGUAUACCUGCGAAGUAUGUCAGAUGGUUUUUACUUGGUAUAGUAGCUUUAAGAAACAUUCAAUCAUGAAAUAUUGUUGUAAUAAAAGCAAACACUAAGAAAA